AUGCUGCGAUUGGUGCUGCGCAAUGCUCGGUGUAGUGUCUACACGUCUGCACGAACAGGAGCGUCUCGUCAGCUAAUGUUAGCCAAUAUGUCAUCAUCUACUUCCUCCAUUUCUGAGGUCUCGUCAAUGUUCGCCAAAGUAGGACGUGAUAUUCCUCUUAGAGUGAUUCCCAGAGCUGAGCGACGAGCAGCACGUCAGAGUACAAAGCAUUCUGUUGACACUUCUGUAGGCCAUAAAGUCGUGCGAACAUCGUCGCUUCCAGCAAAAAUUUCAUUUGCAGUGCUAGCUGGGAGCAUUUCGGGCUCGAUAUUGUGGCACUUUGUGCUAGACGACAAAAUGAAGAACCGUAUUACGGAUACGCUUGGCUCUACGUUUUUAGGUGAUAUCUACACAUAUAUUGCCAAAAAGGUAGAAGAAGCAGUCAAACCAUUUACGGACCCUUCAAGACAGAAAUUGUUGCCCGAUUGGCCCAUUCCACAGGUGCCAGCAGACACACCACCCGUUCCCGUGCUGGUAUUGGAUCUUGAAGAUACGCUCGUGCAUUCCGAGUGGAGCAGAAAGCAUGGCUGGCGUCAUGCUAAACGUCCUGGAGUGGACGAGUUCCUUGAAACCUUGUGUCAGUAUUACGAGAUUGUUAUCUUUUCGCAAAACUACGGAGCCGAGGAGAUUGUACAGAAACUUGACCCAAAACAGUGUGCUCUGCACAUUCUGUCGCGUGACGCUACGCGGUAUUUGAAUGGCGCCCAUGUAAAAGACUUGGCGAACUUGAAUCGAGAUUUAAAGCAGGUGGUAAUUCUAGACGAUGAUCCAGCGGCGUACCAACUUCAGCCAGAGAAUGCCAUUCCAAUCAAACCCUUUACCAACGGACGGGAUCGUGACGACCAUGCUUUGAAAGACUUAAUUCCUUUCCUUAAGGCCUUAGCUUCAGAGCGCGUACCAGACUUUCGUCAAGUCAUUGGAGAAUUUCGCGAUGACGACGGUGUCGUCCGUGACCUUGCUACGAAAUAUGCAGCUCGCGUGCACCAGCUUGAGAUGCAGAAGGAGCAAAAAAAGAAAAAAGGCUUUGGUGGCUUCGUUCGUGGCCGAUUGUCGCACCAUCCUACGUCACCGACCGGAUCUGUGGCUGCUAGUGGGUUCUCUGGUAGUCCACAUGUCUAA